AUGGUACCGCGAUUCCCAGCCCCUCGAGGGCUUGCUUCGUCAUUUCGUCAAUUCUCGACCUCCGCUUCAUCACUUGCUCCUCGCGAAGGCCCAGCGCCGCCACGUCGGUCUACCACCGCUACCCUGCUGAACCUCAACAACUCCCAGAAGCCCGACACACGUCGAGGCGACGCCGCCCAGCGCAUUGUGCAGAAUACGCGCGCCCGCCAGGAUGCCUCGUCCGCCAACAUCUACGCCCUCACAGAGGCCAACAAGCAACGUCGAACGGCAGAAGAGUACAUGAAGGACAUGCCGAGACACUGGCUGCCUGGUGAUGUGUACAGCCCGCACGAUCUGAGCGGCGCGGAGAUGGAGAAGACGAGGAAGAGGAACAGGCGCCGCGGCGAUGCGAUUGAUGCCCUGGGCAUCAGGCCGCAGGAUCACUACAAGAACUUCUCCAUGAUCAACGAAUUCGUGAAUUCGACAAACCAGAUCUUGCCCGGGCGCAUCAACGGCUUGAGGGCCGUGAACCAGCGCCGCGUGGCGAAGAUGGUCCGACGAGCGAUUGGCAUGGGUCUGUACCCCAGUACCCACCAGCACCCCGAGAUGUUCAACAGGAAGUGGUUCCCGGAUCAGAGGCAGGCGCCGGGACGCUGGGGAAAUUAG